AUGUUUAAAUGCGACAUUUGUGAUAAGUCCAUAACAAAAAAGUCAUCUCGGCUUGAUUGCAACAAAUGUGGAAAAAUUGAAAUUAUGCACAGGCUUAUCUUCAAGCAGCUAUCAGCUCUGCGCAAUGCUGAAAACCUGGAGUGGACAUGUGAGGAUUGUCGUAAAGAAUCGCCUCAUCGUAAGUCUUUCAUAAUUCCGGAGGACGAUGACGAUGAUACUGAUGGGAUUCAGCUGGGUGAAAGCGGUUCGGCAGCGAUGAGUAAAUUACUUCGUGAUAUCUCACUUGAGGUAAAGAAAGCAGUGAAGAUGGAACUGGCUUCUGUGAACGAAUCGUUAAGCUCAUGGUGUGUAAAAAUGGAUACUAUAAAUGCUACACUGGAAAUCCUAACUGAGAAGUUAAGCAGGUAUACAGUUUUAGUCACUUAUUAA